UUUAUUAGCAAGCCUUUCAGAUAUAUAAAGUUUCCAUUAUUUUAAUUUAAUAUAUUUAUUUUGAUAAAGUGGCUGUAGUCAGUCCAGCCGACUGACGUCAUUUCCACAAGUUGCAUUUGUGUCAAGCGUGAGUGCAUCAAGGUUAACAACAGUUGAGAGGCUCAUCUAUAUCUGGGAUCUUGUCAACAGUAAUACUUCGUCGACAGAAUCAGGCAAGACCGAGGCAUUUCAUUUAUGAAGGGUUUUAUGUUUAAAGGAAAAAUAGCCAUGCUGUGAAACUCAGACUCACAACUCUAAGAAGGCUUUUGGAAGUUUAUUUGUCCUUUAUGACCUGAGUCCGAUUCAAGAGUCAAAGGGGAAACAAACUCUGCCAUGAGCGCAAAAUAUCUUGACUCAGAAAUGACGACGGAGAACAGAAGCAGGCACAAUGGAAGCAGAGAAAGGCUGGGACUGAGCUUCACCAUUGACUAUCUUUUGUUCGAUAGAGGAGGUAGUAAAGAAGAAGCUACAGGAAGUCGUGCGACAGAGCGGACGGAGAACAACAGCCUAAAUCAUCAGAAUCCUAAACUCGAACAGGUGGAGAUCCACAAGGAGACACGAUGCACGCGUCUCAAACAUUCAGUGGCAGAGAGUGGAAAAAUCGACGCCAGUGACGAAGAGGGGGAUGAAGAGCAACAUGAGGAGGGGGAGGAGGAAGUGACCACCACCACAAUAUCUACAAGCAGCAGUCCAGAAAAAUGUGCAGACAAACCCAACCAGUCGUACAUCGCACUUAUCUCCAAGGCAAUCCUGGAGUCUGAGGAAAAGAAACUGCUGCUAUGUGACAUCUACCAGUGGAUCAUGGACCACUACCCCUACUUCAAGAUCAAGGAUAAAAACUGGAGGAACAGCGUCCGUCACAACUUGUCCCUCAAUGAUUGCUUCAUAAAAGCCGGCCGAAGCGACAAUGGAAAAGGCCACUUCUGGGCAAUUCACCCAGCAAACUAUCAAGACUUUUCAAAAGGGGACUACCACUGUCGGAGGGCGCGGCGGAGGGUACGCAAAGUGGCCGGACAGCUCCGACUUUCCUCCCUGACCUCACCAUACCACCCUGCCGCCACCAUCGCCCACCCCCACAGAACAACAUACUGGUGCUGUCCUCAGACCCCAGCACUGCCUCUGUCCUGUGUGACACCCAGACUCUACUGGCCUUGGUCCAGCGUUCAGCCACAAGUGGGUCUCUACAUGGGCCUAAAUGGCUCUGUACCCUGAAAGUGUGUAUGCAUGAAAAAUGCUGUACUAUACAGUUUGGCCCUGGAAUACUGCUGGGUAAAGGAGAAAUGUCAUAGUCUCAUUUGUUAAUGAUUAUAUCAUGAUGUCUUGUUGAAACUGAAAUUGCCUUGGUUAAUACU